UCCUGUGAGCAGCCCAUGACGCAGAGCCGAACCCGGAAGAGAGCACGGAUCACACACAGUAGCUUGUCCCUCUGCGGUGGCGAUGCUAAACCCCGGAGCUGUCUGUCCGCCCCAUUUGGGAUGGAUUUAGAAGAGGCGCUUCAGGUAGUUGGCGAGUUUGGACCCUACCAGAAGCGGGCGGUGGCUAUCCUCCUUCUGACACAGGUGUAUAUGGCCUGUCAGUCCAUGCUGAUUGUCCUGAUCGGAUCUACACCACAUUAUCGGAUCGAGCAGCAGGACGUCGUCCCAUCCAGCCAGCAGGAGCUCAUCCAACGUGUCACCUUUACAGAAGACAUUGACUCCAUAGUGACCGAGUGGUUUCUCAUCAAGCAGCAGGCCUACAAGGUCAGUCUGGCUGGAUCGCUCUUCUUCGCAGGGCUUCUGGUCGGAAACAUUGUCUUUGGGCCGCUCUCAGACAGGAUUGGGAGGAGACCUGUCUACUUGACAGGUCUGUUUUUUGAGGUAAUCUUUGGUUAUGUGACCGCCUUCGCUCCCAGCUAUGAGGUCUUUGCCGUGUCCCGUCUGCUGGUGGGGCUGAUGAACGGCGGCAUCGGCCUCGUGUGUUUCGUUCUAACUCAGGAGUACGUGGGCAAGUCCUACUGGGCCAUGACCGGGACUUUGACCAGCAUGACUUUUGCCAUUGGUAUCGCCCUGUUUGGAGCUUUGGGCUACUUCAUCCAGCCCUGGAGGAGCCUGGCUGCUGCGGCCAACUCAUCCGGGGUCCUGUUCUUCCUGCUGUCAGUCACUCUCCCAGAGUCUCCUCGUUGGCUGUACUGUCAGGGUCAAACUCAGCAAGCUGAAGAGGUCCUUCGCUACAUAGGGCUAAGAAACGGCAAUGCCGCUAACAACCUAGUGUUGCAGCGAAUCACCACUGCUAAAGCUGGUAACCAUGACAACAGGGGAGCAGGUGUCCUACAGCUGGUGCUCCAUCCUGUCCUGCGACAGAGGACCAUGGUGCUCAUGUAUGUCUGGUAUGCAUGCAGUCUGGUGUACUAUGGUCUGACUCUAGGAGCCAGUGAGAUGUCUGGUAGUCGGUAUAUGAAUGUAGCCAUGUACGGCCUGGUGGAGCUGCCCGCCUACCCCCUCUGCAUAUACUUCAUCAACAAACACUGGGCUGGCAGGAGGAAAAGCAUGGCUAGUUUCUUGUGUCUGGCCGGCUCUGCCUGCCUCUGCACCAUGUUCAUCCCUGAAAACACCGAGACAUUAGUGAGCGUGUCAUCGUUGGCUUUGUUGGGAAAACUGAUGGUCAGUGCAGCUUUCAACAUUGUCUACAUCUACACCUCUGAACUCUACCCGACAGUAAUCAGGAACGCAGGUUUGGGCGUGUGCUCCAUGUCGUGCAGAGUUGGAGGGAUCCUUGCACCAUUUGUUCCCUCCAUGCGGGCUCUCCACACCUCUAUGCCCUUCACUGUGUUCUGUCUGAGCGGUCUGUCUGCGGGCUGUGUGGGCCUCCUGCUGCCUGAAACACUCGACAAACCUUCCGCGGAGACGCUGGAGGAGCUCAGCAGCCCUACACACAACCGAGUGCUGGAGAGCAAGGCUCUUUUGUAUGAGGAUGACAAAUGGAAAUCAAACUUCAAAUGAAGCCAGCUUGAACAUUCCUUCAUUCCGACUGCACCUGUUGCCUCAAAAUUAUGAACUGCCCCUUUAAUUGAGCAAAAAGGUCUGAUCAGCGUGCUCACUUUUGUAUUUGUUUAUGUGACAUUGACAAUGGGACGAGAGCUUCGAUGGGGACCAAUGCUGUCUCUGUGAAUUUAAGGGGAGAGUCCUGACUUGACUUUUCCUCUUGUAUCUUAUUUUACACAGAAGCCAAACAAUCGAUUCACUGCCUUUUUAUUGAAUUUCCUUAAUGUGGUGCUUGUGCCUUAUUUGGGAAGUAGAGAGAGCACAGAUACAACAGGUCGGAUUUACGUCUUAUACAUUCCAGAGAGGCUGGGGAGUCGGAAAAACGUAUUUCCUUCUCGAUAAAGUGUGAUGGAAUAGUUGGGGCUUUCCACCAGAGUUUGCCACAGAUGAUAAAAUUACAGUGACAGUGCAGGAACAUUUAUGUCACGUGUGCCUAGGUCAAACGUGUUAGAAGUCCCUCAAAAUACAGAUGAGUUACACCUAUGUCAGAUAGUUUGAACUCAUUUUCUGCAAGUGCCCAUAUUUUUCAAGGACCAAUAUGUAACUGUGACACCUAGCGUUUAAAACGGGUACUUCAGUCCAAAUUCAAAACAUUGGAGAGAGCUGUCUACCCCCUCCGCCCCAUCUCCCUAGAGUCGAUGUUCACGCAGGUUGCCAUGGCACGGACUCGGAAGCUUCAGUGUUUAGCCAGCUCUGCAUUGGCCUUUCUAUAUUCUUACCCCUCUCCUUUUUUCAAAAGCAUCUCCAAUAUGUCUCCCAGUUUGACCACAUUUCUGGCCUUACAGCUUAUUUAAAAAAUGCAGAGGCUAUAUAGGUCAGGUACAAUCAGUUAUAUCUGAACCAGUUCACCUGCCCUCUUUCAUCGCUGCAUCACCUGUUGGUUUGCUGUUUGCCUGGCCCACCGAGGGGCGAGAGGCAAAACGUCUGUGUGGGGGGUGCUGCCUAUUUUUCUGGUCAAAACAAAUAGAAAUCAUUCCACAGUGGAAUCAAAACUUAAAGGACAUAUUGGCUGCUGUUUUUUUGAUAGAGAAGCCAGCACUUCGACAUAGUAUGUUUCCUUUAUGCCUGAUUAUAUAGUAAGGUCAUUUUAUGAUUUAAUUCAUAAUACAUUCCAUAAUGGACCUUUGAUAAGUGUUCACAGUAGCUAAGUAUGUCAUCAGGUAUAAGGCUGCCUCUAAAGGUAACUAUUGAAAUGAUCAGUCGAGAACUAUAUAUAUAUAAAUAGAACUAUGCAGGAGCAGCAUAGCAGGCUGUAAACUUAAACAAGCAAGGCACAAAAGUAGCCUUCAGUGUUCAGCGUUUUUGACAGGAGCUGUGUCAUCCACAGAGGUCUCCUCCUCUCUAAAACCAAAAAACUUCUUGAUUACGCCAGUAAAAACGUUAUUAAAGCAGUGUCAAUGCAAAAGCAUGCCAAGCUGCUGCUGCCUAACCUCACUAGCUGAAUGAAAUCCUUCACUUUGGUAAAUGAUACAGAAAACAAAUAACAGUGCCAUAAUUUGAAACGGUAAGGAAGCAGUUUUGUGAUUAUGCCUUAAUAUCUGGUUGGCAGUCAGCAUUUGUUUUACAGAAACAUAAAAGGCUGAAACAGAGUUUCCUGUGGCACUAAACUGAAAAACAAACUCUUCAACCUUUGAUUUGUUUGUGUGUUACAAUGUAAAAACUCACAGCACAUGCUCACCUGUAUGAAAACUGAAACUAUAUGCGCCUUACUCUGAUGCAUUAUGCUAUUCAUGAUUUAUUUCUGGAGUUUAAGCUCUGAGAUGAUUAUGAAACAGAACUCCUUCUCCCGAUCGAUAAUGGUUCUUGCUGUUAUCAUAAGCCACACUGUAAAUAAUUCUGGUCAGAUAUGAAUUUAAAAAACAACAGCCCUAUACCUAAAACUGGACGGAAGCUCUGGUAGCUCUGAUUUAAAUAAGAAAUACUUUUCAGUAAACAUUCUCAAAUAUAUGAAUAAAUAACAAGCCAAACAAGUUACACACAAGACCAAACUUUGUAUCUAAUUUGGGAGUGAUGAUCUUGCAGAGCUGCAGCCUGAGGGUCAGUCAGGAAUAAUAAUUUAUCUUCUGUGAAGCAAAGUUGGACAUAUUAGUAAUUUAUGUUGAGCAGUUUGUAAAUCAAAUCUCAGCGUUUCAUCCCCAGCUGUAGAAUUGAUGCUUCUUUAUCAAUUAUAAAGGUUUUUGUUUGAAACAACAAAACUGUCAUCAAUUUAAAAAAAAAAAACGAGUCACAUUAAUGUAAUUUUGUACCACAGAAAGGACGUGCUAGUCCAAGUAAGUAUGAACAUUCACUGCUUUCUGUGAGACGACAGAUGGAAACACUCUACCUCCUGUGCCUUAAACUAUCAGGUUGACAUGUUUUCAAAUGUAUCAUAAAUUAUAUAUUGAUAUGUAAUUAAAGAUGUGAAAAUAUUAGAAGAAAUGCUGCCUGAGAUGUUUUUAAUGCUUUCAUUUUGUAACAGUAUACACGCACCAUGUGGAUCAUGUAUUUGUAUGUACUCUGGUAUGGGUCUUUGAAAAGUUAAAUUCUAUAUUUACUUAAGAGCAGUAAACGAUUAAAACAUCCAUA